UCCGAUUAAUCAUCAAAAGCUGUGCAAAUGCGUGAAUCUGUGUAAAAUUGUUAUUUUAGUGAACGAAUAAGUUAUUUUCGACGUCAAAAUGGUGUAGAAUUUUAAUGUAACCUUCGUACAGAACGGCAAUUAUAAGGUUGUAAAGAGGCUUUGUUGGCUACCCCCUGCUAAGAGCAGAAGCUAGUCUAGUGAGCCCUUGCACAAAGAAGUAGUCAUGGCAGAUAUGAUGCGGAUGAGUGGAAGUGGGGCGCUGGGAGGGUUUCAACGGGAUAAACUCGGUUCGCCUUCCACCGGGUCUGAGGAUGGCGGUGGAAUCGAUCUCGGUGAUAUUGCACAGGAAUUGGAUCAGGAUGAGUUCGACGGACCGACAACGUUGAACGGAGAUCGUCCAGCGAUAACUGCUCCUCCGGAAAGUGAAUGGUAUCAUGGACGGUUGGAUCGCUUUAGUGCUGAACAGAGGUUGAAAUCUGCUUCCAGACUCGGAAGCUAUUUAGUUCGAGAGAGUGACCGUAAGCCCGGUUCGUACGUUCUGAGUUACUCUGGAAGAACGGGAAUCAAUCAUUUCCGUAUUACGGCAGUUUGUGGAGAUUUUUAUAUUGGAGGACGGCAGUUUUUCUCCCUGAGCGAUUUGGUCGGUUAUUAUACAUCUUGCAGCGAUUUAUUGAAAAGAGAAAAGCUAGUUUAUCCAAUUCCACCUCCUGAACCAGUCAAUGACAAGAAACGCGUUGUGGCUAUAUUACCAUAUACGAAAAUGCCCGACACUGACGAAUUGACCUUCCAGAAGGGAGAUAUAUUUUUCGUACAUAAUGACAUGGGAGACGGCUGGCUCUGGGUAACCGCUCAUCGAACCGGAGAGCAGGGGAUGAUUUUCCGUGAAUUAGUGGAAGAUUUGGAUCCUAGCAUUGAUCCAAAUACGGUAUUUUCAUGGUUCCAUCCAACUUGCUCAAAGAACGAAGCGGUCGAUAUGCUGGUCAAAGCUGGCCCAGGGAGCUUCUUGGUUAGACCAAGUGAUAACUCUCCAGGAGAUUAUUCUCUUUUUUUCCACAUAAACAAUCAAAUUCAACGUUUUCGUAUUGAGAAAAAAGGUGUUCGCUACCUGAUGGGAGGACGGACCUUCGAGUGCUUGGAUGCAGUCAUCAACCGAUACCGAAAGGAACAGAUUGUUGAAGGUCAUACAUUGAUGCACGCGGUAAUCAACGGCAGUCAACCGGAGUACCAUCCACCUACCAGCGUGGCUAGUGCUGCCGAGAAAAUCUAUGCUACUUUGCGUGAAUGUCGUGAUCAAAACAUUUUGAAGAAAACAAAGGGCAUAAAACAUCACGGUUAUUUGCUGAAAAAAUCGGACAAAACUGCCAAAUGGAAGCAACUAUACUUUGCUUUGCUGGUUGAAGGAUCGGAAACUCAUCUAUGCUUUUACGACAGCCCGAAGAAAACGAAACCAAAAGGAUUAAUUGAUCUCUCCUGUGCUUAUCUCUACCAGUGCCAUGAAUCUUUCUGGGAAAGGCAGCACUGCUUCCAGAUUGUUGAGCGUGCACUUCCAUGCUUAGCAACGAUUUCCUAUCUAUGUGCCAACAGUCAGGAAAGUUACAUUGAAUGGGUUACUGCUCUCAAAUCCCACUGUGUGUCUCAACUCAGCAAGGCCCAGUCGAAAGUACCUCGACUGCGAGAAUUGCGCUGUCUCAAUCUUCAAAUUCUAGAAGCACACCGAUUGCCGUUCAAGUUAGUUCCGCAUCCGUACUGCAUUGUGUCUCUUAACCAAGUAAAAGUGGGCAAAACACGAGUCAAAACCGCUCCAGAUCCGGUCUGGGAAGAGGAAUUUGUGUUGGAUGAUGUCCCACCAGAUGUGGUUACUGUGACUAUCACUGUACUGAGCAAAGGUAAACGUGGCAAAGAUUCGGAGGUUGCAGAGCUGAUCGUUGAUUUGUGCGGACUUAAAAAUGGUCAGGAAACUGAGGAAUGGUAUCCGCUAAUCGGCAUGACACCGAUGGGCGAAUGGGGCUCAAUUCGCUUGCGUAUACGCUAUUUAGACGAUUUGGUUAUGCCGUGCGAAGAAUAUAGCCCGUUACAACAGCUACUGGUUGAGCCGGAAUUGAACGCAGUUCGCGCGUUGGCUGAAAUUUGCCACAAUGACCGCAUCCCGUUGGCAACGUCGCUGCUGAAAGUGUUUCGCCAUGAGAAACGUGAAACAGAAUUGCUGAGAAUACUCUGCCAGGCCGAAGUGGCACGUGAAAAUGAGACGACCACGUUGUUUCGAGGUGCUUCGUUGGCUACUACACUCAUGGAUCUUUACAUGCGUGCCGAAUGCAUAGUAUUCCUCCAAUCAGCUGUUUCCGACACAAUCCAAAGAAUACUUGAAAGUAAGCAGUCAGGAGAAUUGAAUCCAACAAAAAUGGAUGUCAACGACGAUGCCUGCUCAAAUGCCGAAUUCCUGCUAAUGAUUCUGGACCAAGUCACUCAGUCAAUCUUUACUUCGCCAGAUGCAUGCCCACGGACAGUGCGCUAUAUUUGUAACUGUCUCCAAAAGGCGGUGGUAGCCAAAUGGCCCUCUCCAACCGAACGACUUGUGCGUACCCGUAUCGUGUCUGGAUUCAUAUUCUUACGUCUUCUUUGUCCAGCUUUGCUCAAUCCACGUCAAUUCAGUCUAGUCAGCGAAACACCUCACCAGAUGGCUACUCGGACACUUAUUAUGGUUGCCAAAUGUUUGCAAAACUUGGCAAAUUUGGUCGAGUUUGGCGGAAAGGAACCCUACAUGGAAGUGGUGAAUCCGUUUAUUUUAAAAAAUAAGGAGCGUAUGAUUGUCUUUUUAGAUCAGCUAUCCUCAGUGACGGAUCCAAAUCCACCACCGGGUUGUAUGGUAGAACAAAACAACUGUACACUCUCAAGCACAGAUGCAGGACGGGAGCUUGCCACUCUGCAUCACAUCUGCGUUUCGUACCUACCGGAAUUGCAAUCAAUGAGUAAGACUAACAAUGCGCUCAAGAAAUUGGUCACAGUCACCGAUAUGCUGUCGAAGCACAAACUUAAGUAUCGCGAGAUGAUCAGCUAAUCUGUGAGCAAACGAGCAAAAUAAGCGAAGUCGAAGAACAAUAUGGAUGUAAUACAUUGGUCUAAAAUCUUACACUUCCUUUGACGUUAACGUCUUGAACACAAACAAUGUCGGGGCUAAUUUACCCGUUUGAGAGUAUAAAUACUACCCGUAUAUAACAGAAUUUCCAGAGUUUGAGCACUCUUAAAUUUCCAAGAUGUUGCACAUUUUAGUUUUGGUUUACUCUGAAUUUUUGGAGUAGCUACACAAUCGUUUUAUAGCAUUUUACGGUACUCAGGAGAGAUAUCUUUAGGCAUAAAAUUUUGACAAAAACGGAGCAAAUAAAAUGGACGUAUAUUUCAUCGCACAACAAAGAAUAGGAUAUUUUCCAUUACCAGUUUGGGUUUUAAUAUGUCUUAACGAAAUAGCAACCAUUCUAGACUUGUAAAGUCUGGUUAUCUUAGUUGAAAUAUCCGCUAGAGAAACAUGAUUAAAUAGUAACAAUAGAUCCACUUCUUGGACAUACCAGUUCGUGUUUUGCAUCCCAAAUGUUUUUUUCUUGUUUUAGCAAACUGCCGAAUAAUUGAAAAAUAAAUAAACUCAUAGAAAUAAUUUACAUUUGAACAGAUUGAUAACGUUCUAGACUGUGUAAACCGAAGAAACUACUUUCGUAGAAUAGUGUGGUGUCAGCGAAACAAACGAAAAUCAACCCAUACCAUAAUAAGAAACGAAAUAAUUUUAAUUCUAGUGGCAUGUUGGAAACAAACAGGAACUAAAAAACAGAAUAUUAUACCAAAAAGACGUGGAGAUUCAAUUCUCAGUGUAGCGUUUAGGAGACUUUGUCUACGUGCAUUUACUUGCGUUUUCCGCUCUGCUCGAAAGCCCAGAUACAUCCUAGGUCACUUGAUAAGUGCGGUGUAUUUGAAAGUUGAUUGCAGGGACGUUGAUAGCGAGUGCAAAAAAAACGCCAUUUUAGUUAAUACACAGAUAUUUAUAAAUAUGUUAUUUUCUACUUUUUAUAUGCUUUUAUUAAAAUAUUUUCUCUGCUGUCACCCAGAUCAAUUAGGCCAAGCUUCAGCCCAGACAAUUUUCAAUGCAUUUUUAUAAUCAUAUUUAAACGCAGAAUAUUACAAAUAAUUAACGAAAUAAUAAAAAAGUGUACUUUUCU